CGCGACGUUCCGUCAGUCUGCGACGAAACCUUCAAGUGUAAGCAACACAGCAGCGCGCCAGCUAAAGCAACGAGUUUUACUUCAACGAUAUCACAGAGCAAUCCAACGAUUUAUUUUUGUACGCGCACCGUUAUUACCUGUCUGCCAGCAAGUCGGCGCGCACGCGUAAACCCGAACAACGGUAAUAUUUGUGAAGAAGUGUUGCCUCUGCUUUUACUACAGUAUUUUAACGGUGUUGUUUGAGAUUUUUUUCCUUUUGUGUCGCGAGUUCAUUGAUUGGCACGCCGUGUCAUCUCGUCAAGCGGUGCUGACGCAUGCGCAACCUAAUUGAAAGCCAUCGACAAAGUGAAAUGCGUGUUUUUCUUUGAUUGCGCUUAACAUCCAACGAUUCUGUUUUUGUAGACAGUUGACACAAACGGAGAAACAUAGAAAAUUGCAUUGACGAAGUGAGAAACUUAAGUGGCACGCAUAUCACACUCGUGCUUUUUGUCCAACAAUAAAUAUAUGCGGCAGUGGAAAGUGUUGUAGUGUCGCAAGUUUGACUCCCAUUUGUAUUUUGUGAAAAAAAUUCUUUUGUGUUGCAUUUGCUAUGGGCAAAAAGUCACUUAGAAAUAUAAUUUUUAUUGAAAGUGAAUAAUUAAAUUGAUUUUACUUGUGCGGCAGCAGAAAAAAAAACUAUAGCGUUCAGUGAGUGAGAGACAACUAAGACCAUUGAUAAAUCGUUUGGCGUAUUCAACGCUAGUUAUCAGCCACAUACGUAAGCACUACGGACCAGAAUUCCAACGGAAACAGCUUAGAUGUGUAAUUAAAAUUGGCUAAACGAGCGAGAGCCAACAAAAACAAACACACAUAUGCACAGCAGCAAAAUGGACGACAUGAAUGCCGAUGGCAGCAAUUUCAAUAACGUCGACAACAACACAAGCAUGAACAUGAAUAUGAACAAUAACAACAGCGACGAUAUGGUACGCCAAUCCGAAUCACCAGCACGCACAAUCGAUUCGCACGAUUCCACUGUCGACAGCAUGGACACGAUCGUGGAUCGCAGCGUCAAUCGCGAGGAACUCAUGCACGCCACCAUUGAGCACAGCUUGAACACGACAAAUGCACAGCAUGAUAGCCUCACCAACUCACAGAAAUCCAUAUUGCAGCGCAACAGCAGCGGUUGCAGUGACACCGACGAGCACCAACAGCAACAGCUGAGCCAACAAAAGCAACUGCAAGUGCAGCAAUUACAAACAGACACACAAAGUCACAUUUACUCAAGUCCUGUGUACGAUCAGAAGCCACCGCUGAAGUUGACGGCAGCCACAUUGAUCGCCUCGGUGGCAGCCAAUAACGCUGGCAAUGGCAAAACCGUCGCUGGCGACGACGCAAAGAAGCCGAAAUUGAUGACACACGAGGAAUUCCAACAACAGUUGCAGGCGGCAAUUGCCACGCGCGCCAACACACUCGAAUCGCGUAUUAGCAAGAAGCAACGCUUUCCACCGGAAUUGAUUAAAAUCAAAGAUGGCGACGGCAGCUCAUCGAAUUCGGCAAAAUCGGCGAAAUUUCAAAGACGUGCCAAAUCCAGCGCCGACUGCUGUUCGGCCUUCCCAUGGCAAAUUGUUUUGGGCACAUUGCAGCUAAUGUUGGCCAUUACGUUGGUGGCGCUCGGUUCGUUGUUGAUUGUGCGCGAAGCAGCGCUGUCCACGGCCGGUUGUGGUAUUUGGACUGGCCUUGUGGCGGCCAUUACUGGUUCGCUGGGUGUAGUUAGCAUACGGAAGACACAAACAGCGUUUCUGGCGUUGAGUUUAAUUUGCAUUGCAACCAGUACACUGGCGUUGGCUGUCUCCGGCGUCGGGCUCUCUAGGGAUGUCAAUCGAAUGGAGGAAAAGUUUGACCUGUUGAAUACGAAUAGUGAAAUAUCGGCUGCUUCCGGUCUAAUAUUGGCAUUAUUUUUACACUUUGUUGUUAGUAUUAUAUCUGUGUACAGAUGUGCGCUGCAGAUAUGCUCCAGAAAUGAAAGUACAGAUUUGCGAGAUGUUAUUAUUAAUUCCAAAACCGGCGGAGUUGCAUUGGAUCAAGAAAAGGUGGACCAAUAUAUUAAAGCUAUGUCCCUAACUGGUAGUGAAAAGGAAAACGCCGAAAAAUUGGCAGCCAUGUGGAUGUAUGCAGCACAGAUGGGCAGCUCACGUAACUUGACACAAACGGGCGGUAAUCGUCCGAUCAUGUUGAUCCCGGCUGGUAGCACGACCAUGUUGGCCACACCCCCACCUGUGCCACCAAUGCCGGGUGCCAUGGUUGUACCUGGCAUUCCUUAUCGCCCGCCCAUGGCCUACACGCUGCCUUACAUGCGUCCAGGCUCAGUGGUUUACGCACCCACAGGCUCUGCACCCAGUGGUACAUAUCGUACACAAAAGAGCAGCAAAUCUGCAGGACCACCAAACCGACGCCGACGCCCAGGUCCACCACCAUUACGUUCGGGUAAAAUGGAUGCCAACCGUCGUCAGCGACGCAAGUCUGAAGCGGAUGUCAUCGAUAAUGAAGCUUUUCAGUAUACAGGGCUUGAUCGCGACAUAGCAGACAAUUUCCUGGCGCGCCAAGAGCAGACCAACAGCCAGCCAGGUAGUCACGUGGACUACUCGUCUUCGUCGACGACGGCCAGCGAAACAUAUGGCAAGCAGCGUUCGCGCUCAUCGUCCAAAACGAAAAUUGUUUGCCGCGAUGUGGUGAUGUAGUCGUGUGGCAAGUUGAGCUGGUGAAGAAUUGAGCGGUGUGUUUUUUGGAGUCGAGUCAAGUCAUUCUGGCGGAUUGUACUGCAUUGAUCCGGGGAACCGUUAAAUGAACAACAAUACAUACUUAACUAUAUAACUGUAUUAUAUGUAUGUCUUAUUUCAUAUUUGCUAUUGUAAAUAACUUUAUAUUAUAAACUUAUUAUUUAGUUUAUUCGACGAUGUAGCUAUGCGCGCAGGCAAGUCGCACAUUUUGUAUGUUAUACAAUAAAUGUAGGUUUCAAAUAUUGAUAUAAAAAUAAA